UUCGAGUGGGCGUGGCCAGCAAGCAGUAUUUGGAUUCCGCGCUCGGAACUGCGCGUGUUGCUUUUCCCUCCAAAUUUGUUCGAGUCAUGUCGGACUGGGAAGCGGAGAGCGACGAAGACUGCAAAAGUGUUAGACAGAAGGUGCCGGAGUUUCAGUCAUCUGGGGUGGCAUCUUUUGCCUUUGGGAAAAGUGUAAGCUUCGAAGGAGGAAGACGGGGCGGAGGAUGGGGACGGAAGCAGCGCAGAGGGCCGCAGUGGGAGAACUGGAGAGAGAGCGAAGGCAGCAGUGGGAGCCGAGAGAAAUUCUCCAGGAGCAGGCGGGAUGAUGAAUCGUCCACGGCGCGAACCUUUACAGUGGAUAACGCCGUGGUGGGAAUGGUGAUAGGUCGUGGAGGUUCCAAAAUCCAAGAGAUUGAAGAAAACACUGAAACCCGUAUCAAGAUAAUCAAAGGAGAUUAUGAGAGCAAAGUAAGGAUCUUUGGAAAUGAAGAAGCCCAACUUAGAGCAAAGGAAUGUAUUGAUGAAUUGAUUGGUCAUGGCUCUCGUCACUCUGGGCAAGGACCAGUGAAGGUAUCAUGUUGGGCUAAAUCAACAGAAAAGUCUACAGAAUGUCCACCAGUUAUACCCAUUGAUUGGGAAUCUGUGAGACAAAAUCGUGCUAAGUAUGAAGCCAUGAAAUGGCAAGGAUUGCCACCAAUUAAAAAACAUUUUUAUGUGGAAGCAACAAGUGUGACUAAUUUAACUCCAGAUGAGGUGACAGUAUGGCGAAAGGAAAACAAUAACAUUAUUGUUGAUGACUUAAAAGAGGAUGAGAAACGUCCUAUACCAAAUCCAGUGCAGACAUUUGAAGAAGCUUUUCAACAGUACCCUGAAAUCAUGAAAAAUAUAUCAAGAGUGGGAUUUCUGAAGCCCACACCUAUUCAGUCUCAGGGAUGGCCAGUUGUACUUCAAGGAUUUGAUCUGAUUGGCAUUGCCCAAACUGGUACUGGAAAGACAUUGGCUUAUCUUCUCCCUGGUUUUAUUCAUUUGGAUCACCAACCUAUUUCAAGAGAAGAACGAGAUGGUCCUGGGAUGUUGGUUCUUACACCAACUCGAGAGCUGGCAUUACAAAUAGAGGCAGAAUGCAGCAAGUAUAGCUACAAAGAAAUUAAAAGUAUUUGCAUAUAUGGAGGUGGGGACAGACGUUCACAAAUAAACGUUGUAACCAAAGGUGUUGACAUUGUAAUUGCAACCCCUGGUCGUCUCCAUGACCUUCAAAUGAACAACUUUGUAAACCUGAAAAGCAUCACAUAUUUGGUUUUGGAUGAAGCAGACAGGAUGUUGGACAUGGGCUUUGAACCACAAAUCGUGAAGAUUUUGGUUGAUGUCCGAUCUGACCGCCAGACUGUAAUGACAAGUGCAACUUGGCCACCUGGAGUUCGUCGAUUGGCAAGAUCAUACUUGAAAGACCCAAUGAUGGUAUAUGUUGGAACAUUGGAUUUAGCAGCUGUGAACACAGUAGAACAGACAGUGCUUGUAAUUGCAGAGGAGGAGAAAAAACAUUUUACUUUCAGCUUUGUUCAGAGUAUGAAACCUGAAGAAAAGCUUUUAAUAUUUGUUGGAAAAAAAAUCAUUGCAGAUGAUCUGUCAAGUGAUUUGAUACUUUCUGGCGUACCAGUUCAGUCAUUGCAUGGUGACAGAGAACAGUGUGAUCGGGAGCAAGCCCUGGAGGAUUUCAAAAAUGGAAGUGUUCGAAUAUUGGUUGCUACUGACUUGGCUUCCCGAGGACUGGAUGUUCUUGAUAUUACCCAUGUUUUAAAUUAUGAUUUUCCUAGAAAUAUUGAGGAAUAUGUACAUAGAGUUGGAAGGACAGGAAGAGCAGGACGCUCAGGUAUUGCACUGACUUUAAUGACCAGAAAUGAUUGGAAAGUGGCAGCAGAACUCAUUCAGAUACUAGAAAGGGCUAAUCAGGUUGUUCCAGAAGAAUUGGUACUAAUGGCUGGCCGCUAUGAUAAAUAUAAAAUGGAGCGUCAGAAGGAGCGAGAGUUUACCGGUCCUCAUGGAGGUGGUGGCUGUGAUAGAGGCAGUGGAAGAAAUGGUCCUAAGUGGAGCCGAAGCAGAGGUCAUACCAGCAGCAGGUUUUAACCUGGCACUUAAAAUUUUACACUUCACAUUUUGACCUUUUUUUCUUUUUUCAAUAACAAAUACUAUUAAAAUGUAAGAAAAGUACUUUUUUGUUGUUCACAUUUUUAUAUUGUACUCCUAUUUUGGAAAUGUCAUGAAGGUAUAUUAAUGAUACUAUAAAUGCUUUAUAAGAAAUCAUUCUGGUAAAAUAACAGAUACCACAAGUUGCAUGCUAAAGUGUGAAAAUCCACAAAAUCUUUUCCAGGAAAGAUGGACACAGUCAAAGAAAUCAAAAAAUAACUUGUUUUAGAGGAUUACUUUAACUAUUGUACCUUGAUUUUUAUGGUAAUAAACACUUUUAAUGCACUGCUAAAUGCCCCUUGAAUUGUGAAUAUUAUUCACAUGACAAUCCUCUGCCUACAGUAGCAGUUUUGCUUUGGCACAUUUGCAUUAUGUUUUAAUUAUAAUGGUUGUCAGAUGUACUGUAUGCUGCAGCAGAAUUACCUUUUUCUAAAUUUUGAAUUUUCUUUAAGAACUAAUCCAAUUAAUUUAUAUAGUGUUCAAUUACACAUGAAGAACUAGUAAAUUCUACUUGUUAAAAAUAUUUAAAAUAUAAUUUUAAAUGUUUUAGUAAAUAAAUUGGGCAUUAUAUGCCUGUAAUUUAACUGGUAAUAAAUGUAUUCCUGAAGAUGAUUUUGGAUUAACACUUUGUAGUGGUGCAUUUUAGUUUAUUGUUGCCAAGGAAUUGUCUUUUUUUUCUGAAGCAUACAUUGAAAUACAGAGUCUUUGAGGGUGGGAAUUAUCCCCAAUUACGGGGACUACGAUAGGAUUGCAUCACUGGAUUUCCUUAAAUUGGUUAGUGUUUGCACCAUUUAAAUGUCUUUUGACAUAUAUUUGGAAUACAUAAGAAUCCAGCAAAAAUAAUUAUCGGUUCAAUAUUCCGAAAGAAAA